CAAAUCCCUCUCUUUUCUCAGCUUGACGUUUCUCAGAACGAGAACUCCAAGCUUUAUACCCCCUUACCUACUCCCCGCCUUCUCUCCCUCUCUCUAUAGCCUCUCUCCCUUUCUCUGUACAAAGAUUCUUACGCACACUGUCGCCAUGCAUGCUAUAGCUCCCCCUUCCUCUAAUAAUUUCAAUUGCUUUACGGGUACCGGAACUCGUCCGACGCUUGCCCGUGUUCGGCGUCGUGUUAUCCAGAGUGUUUACAGGUCCGAUGCCCUUAACUUCCCCAAUGGUGUCGGUUUGAGCAGAGCAGACUGGCAGAGCACAUGUGCCAUUCUCGCCAGCAAGGUCGUCUCCAAGGAGCAACCCACCGAUAAACCCGACACUGGAUCCGGUGGCGCCGACCAUUUUCCCGCUGUAAAUGGCCACAAGUCAGCAAUUGAUCUCGAUCUCGUUCCCAUCGAGACGGUUGACAACAGCAUGAGCAGUACCAGCAACAACAAGCCGCAACCGAAGCCGCUCACCAUAACGGAUCUCUCCCCAGCUCCUAUGCACGGCUCGCAGCUCCGCGUCGCUUACCAAGGCGUUCCCGCAGCUUACUCCGAAGCCGCCGCCGGAAAAGCAUACCCGAACUGCGAAGCCAUCCCUUGUGACCAGUUCGAAGUUGCUUUCCAGGCCGUGGAGCUUUGGAUCGCGGAUCGUGCCGUCCUCCCCAUCGAGAACUCGCUCGGUGGCUCGAUCCACCGGAACUACGACCUCUUACUCCGCCACCGGCUCCACAUAGUUGGUGAGGUUCAAUUACCGGUACACCACUGUCUCUUGGCCCUACCGGGAGUGCGGAAAGAAUACUUGAACAGAGUGAUAUCCCACCCUCAAGCCCUUGCCCAGUGCGAGUUGACCCUCACCAAACUCGGCCUCAACGUGGCACGGGAGGCCGUAGACGACACUGCUGGAGCGGCAGAGUUCAUCGCCGCCAACAACCUACGCGACACGGCUGCGAUUGCGAGCGCACGCGCUGCCGACCUGUACGGCCUGAACAUCCUGGAAGACGGGAUCCAAGACGACUCGAGCAACGUGACCCGGUUCGUGAUGCUGGCCCGAGAACCCAUAAUCCCAAGAACGGACCGGCCAUUCAAGACGAGCAUAGUGUUCGCGCACGGGAAGGGGACGUCAGUACUGUUCAAGGUGCUGUCUGCAUUCGCGUUCCGCAACAUAAGCCUGACUAAGAUUGAGUCGAGGCCGCACCGGAACCGACCGAUACGGUUGGUGGACGAUGCAAACGUUGGGACAGCGAAGCACUUCGAGUACAUGUUCUACGUGGACUUUGAGGCUUCGAUGGCAGAGGUUAGGGCCCAGAACGCGCUGGCGGAGGUGCAGGAGUUCACGUCGUUCUUGAGGGUGCUCGGUAGUUAUCCCAUGGACAUGACUCCUUGGUGCCCCUCCCGGGGAGAGUAGCCAAAACCUUUUUUUUUUUUUUUUUGGUUAUAUAAAAAAAACAUAAAUAAUAAUUUCUCUUUAUUUUUAUUUUUCAGUAAAAUGUUAAAUCCCAUUAAAUAUUUUGCACAAGGGAAGGGAUGGGAAGGGGUUUCAUUUUACAUAAUUUUAUUCUCUUGAAUUGAUGAAUAUGGAUUGAUGGAUGGGAAAGCAGAGCAAAGAAUUUGUUUGGUGGGUAGAUAUAAAGUACAUGUGUGCAUGUAAGGUGAACUGGUGGUGAAGGAAGAUGUGGUUUGCCACUAAAUUUGUGUGGUGGUUAUGUGUAAGUGUCAAUGCCAUCACUCCAAUCAUUUCAUUUAUAUGCAAAAUGUUUGGGAUAUUGUUAAAAAACCAUAAAAGAACUUCACAUUAGCAAAAAAAAGGAUAUUAGAUAAAGAUUUGACAUCUCA